AUAUAUAUAUGCUGGUUUUUUGUUUUGAUUUCAUGUCUCAAAAACAGCCAGAUUAUAACAUUAAUGAAUUGAUGGUUUCAAGCAAUAAUUUGAGUAGAAAGGCGGCUAUUAUUAGUUUCAUCAACCACUUGUGUUUGUUGUUAGGAUUAGCAGCGUUGUUAUCAUGGCUAUACUUCGGCCAGCGCGUGGGGUCUUGGAGAAGAGCUCUCCAUACGAACCCCCUCGUAGACCUCGGAAUUUUAUCGCUGGCUGUAUGGCUGUUCAAGCAGAUGAUGUGCUGGUUUUAUCCGAGUCGCAAAACAAAGAUAACCAAUUUGAUUUCUCUGGCCAUGCUUCAAAUCCUCAUUGUGAUCAUCCUAGCCAUGGGUUAUGCAAUGGUGGUCACCCAUAAGGGAGACGGAAGGGCGGUUUCUGGAAGAGUCUACAAAGAGUAUGAUUAUUGGGAUUUUUCAAAGGAACUGAUAAGAUAUACAGGGGGAUUUUUAUUGCAGUAUCCUAUGAUUGAAGCGGUCGUAGAUUUGGGAGUUUGCCCUAGAUUUGGAGAGCAAUUCAAUCAUCUUAGUGAGUUGGAUUUUUACAAUACCAAUUUGACUCCGUUACAGUCAGGUUGCUGUAAACCACCCAGUUAUUGUUCUCACCAAUUUAAAAAUGCAACAAUUUGGAAAACAAAUCACAACCCCAAAUAUGUGAGAGAACUAGAUUGUAAAAGUUGGCACGAAGUUAUCUACUGUUGGUAUUGCUAUUCCUGCUUGGGUGCAAUACUUUUCAAUCUCAAGACUGAAUGGAGACAUAUGGUUUUUACCAAUAUACUUCUCCUUCUAUCACUACUCAGUUUCUACUCACUACGGCGUUUUUAUUAUUCCUAUUCUCAUAAAUUUCCUUUUGUUAUUCCUUCUAAAAUCUCUGUUUAAACAUUUAAUUUAAUUUUAAUUUUUUUUCUUUUUCAUUUUAAUAAUCUUUUUUCUGUUUUAAUCUUCUAGAGGAAACUAGUUUUGCAUUACGUGCUACGCACGAGGCUCGUAAUGCGACUCGUCAAUUUAUUAUAUAAAUUUACUA